UUGAAUUUAACGGUCGGUUUGGCAGUGAAAGUGGAAAGUGGAAGGAAUCGCCUCGCUCAGCGAAUGCUUUUGUGCGCAAAAUAGAAAACACCAAGCAAUCCCCCCGCAACAAAAUAAAAUACAAAAAAAUAUAUCGAAAAUACAAGUAACGAGGGAAUAUGAAAGUGAAAUAAAAACCGGCAGCUGAGGAAAGUUACAUCUCUUGGAUUAAAUACCGAAAUGAAAGUGCUUGUCUAGUAAAUACUCUGUAAAUAUAAAUUCACCGAAACCCGUUCGUUCGGCUAGAGGAGAGUUGGAGUCUUCAAAUUUGCUGAGCACUUCCGGGGCAAAGCGGAAAACAGCUGGACACAGGAGCCGUUUAACACCAAAUGGACUUCGUCUAAACUGGGCCAAAACAGAAGAGGCCAGCCAAAAGAUCAGUGGAAAACGUCGGCCGGCAAUUAAUGGGCGGAAAUUGAAAUGUAUAAACAAUCAGCAAAAUGUGCAAAUUCGUCGAGUGCCAAUCGAAGGCCAGCUUGAGUGAAAGUGAGAAAAGAGAGCGGAGUGCGGAAAAUAUUAAUUAUCCGGCUGCUUAUUAGCGCGCUCUUCCCCAGGCAGCGACCAGACAGACACUUUGUUUAUGGGCCAAUUUGCCAAGGCGCAAAUAGAACCCAAAACCGCUGCCAGUCGGGCAUAAAUAAUUUGCAUAUUUCCCCCAAGACCUAUCCCCAUUGCUCCAUCUCCCCCUCACACAACCCCUAAAAAAUAUCAAAACAGACUGUGCGGCGUGCGAAGCUGAAGUGUUUAUUAAAUUGUCUUGGCCGCCGCAAAUGCAAGACAUUUGCCCGCCCCUCGAAAUGCUGGAACUGCAGCUCCGCGGAGAUUUGUCAGCCGCCGAAGAUGAAGCCUCGGGCGGAGCCAGAGGCAGAGGCAUCCACAAGAUGCGACACCAACAUCGGCAGAGCCGGAGAAGACUGCCAGACUGCCGGAUAACUCCAACCGGAUUCCUGCUGCUGCUCCUUGCCGUUCUGCUACUGAGCAUGGAACUCGUCGAGUGCGCGCUGCGCAAUGUCAAUUUAAUCAUCGAGCCACCGGCGGUGCGACGGGGUCAGCACGUGGUGCUGCGGUGCAUGUACGACCUGGAGGGGGCACCACUAUACUCGGCCAAGUUCUAUCGGGGCCAGCUCGAGUUCUAUCGCUACACGCCCGGCGAGUUUCCCAACACGAAGGUCUUUCCCUUUCCCGGCAUUCAUGUGGACGUAUCCAGCUCGAAUGCCACCCAGGUCCUCUUACGCAACGUUGGAUUCGGUCUCUCUGGCAACUUUUCAUGCGAAGUGACCGCCGAUGCCCCGCUCUUCUCGACCGCCACCGCCGUGGACACCAUGCAAGUUGUUGAGCUGCCUGACAAGCGUCCUGUGCUGCUGACAGAGCACACGCGCUACGAGCCCGGCGAUGUCCUGCGAGCCAACUGCAGCACUCCGCCAUCGCGGCCGCGAUCCGAGCUAACGUUCACAAUCAACAACAUGGUGAUUACCAACGUUGAGACCCAGUACAUACGCACCGUAGAUAAUCUGAUUGUCUCGCGUAUUGCGCUGAAGUUGCAGCUGCAAGGAGUGCACUUCUCCAGCGUGAAUCCGGCCAUCUACAACAGCAUUUACGGCAUGAACUCGGUGUACGGGCACGGGGGACCAGUUUAUGCCCCAAAUCCGAAUCCGGGCGGAUUACUUCUGCGCUGCUCGGCACAAAUCGGGGAUCUGUACCAGGAGUACAAGGAAAUCGAGCUGGGCACACCGCAAAAGGAUCCGAUACCGGCACGUGUUACCCUCUCCUCCGAAUCGAGCCUGAAGAACUUUUUCAGCUCGUAUUUCUCGACCUCAUCGGCAUCGCCGGCUACGCGACUCUGGUCCGGCGUCUAUGUGGCGCCCCUAAUGCUGGCCCUGCUGGCGGGCUUAUUCCAGCUAAUUGCGGUGGCAUCCGAGACCGAGACCGAUACCGAGACGGACAGCGAAGGCGGCAAGGAGCCCAGCCAAGGAGCCUCGCGGACACAUUCCAGGGAGCAGCCAUCUCCUCCUCUGUCCAGCUGCAGCGCCUUCAAGGCGUCAAGACAGCCACUGGCCUGGCCAGAAUCGAGGACAGAGACCCUGGCCUAGGCGAUGUGUUACCAGUUACCAGUUAGUUAAAGCCCUAAGUAAUUUGAAAUGUAUCCGGGGAGGUUGCCAGUCCCGAGGAACUGAUGUGUUUUCAAGUGAUGAAUGCCAAAUGGAAAAUUUGAAUGGUAUAUAAUUCAGAUACUAUAGUCUGGCAUCUAUACCUUGAUACUGCAUCACUUGAACAGUGCUGGGAAACCCCUUAGUUCUGUCUAGUUCAAGGAUCUUCUUUUGAUGACUGCUUUUCAUGUUAAUUUCCCUUUGUUUCCCAAAAAACCACACUCUGAGAUGUGGUGUAUACUAGCGAGCUAAAAAGGAAAGAAAAAUAAAACAAAACCAAAAAUUAAAACAAAUUAAAGUUAAGCAAAAAAAAAAAAAAAAAAACAUUUAUAAACUAGCAUAGUUGUAACGAAGAAAACAUAAGUAAAACAUGAAGUUGAGCAGCAGAGCAGCGAAAGAGUUUAAGACCUAUAAAACAGGACAUACACAAUUCAAAUAUAAAUGUUUACACAAAACAAGAAUCCAAAAAGGUUAAGAAACACGAGAAUAUGCUAAGUACAUCAAAUUACUGAUUCUACUUUAAAUGUGCAAAAUAACAGAAAGUUAAGCAGUGAAGACAAAACAAAAACGUGAGCGAAGCCAAAACCAAAAUAAACCCAGAAAUCAAGUGUUCGAAGGAGACGGAAAAUGUGUGUAAAAUAUAUUUAAAGUAAAAUAUUAAAUUAAUUUAAUUUAAAGUAAAUAAAUCAAAGCCUUGUAUGGGCGUAUUGUAAAUGGUGGUGAAAUUAAA